ACCAAAAUAUGUCCUUAUGGAGAAUGUGGUUGACAUUCUCAAGUUUGCUAAUGGUUUUUGGGAAGAUAUGCAAUGAGCAGGCGGGUUGCCAUGAACUAUAGGCAAGGUGUGGUAUGAUGGUUGUUGGAUGCUAUGGCUUGCCUCAAUUUCGAAUGCGAGCAUUCCUUUGGGGUGCUCGCCCAACUGAGGUUAUACUUUUUUCCAUGUGCAAUAUCAUAAGUUUCUUGAGUCUUCUGUUUAGUUUGUUCUAACAUACUUUGUUCCAGAUUUUGCCUCAAUUCCAUUACCUACUCAUGAUGUGGUGGUUCGUGGAGGUACACCUAAUGAGUUUGAGCAAAACAUUGUUGCAUAUAAUGAAGAUCAACACCCUCAACUCGAGAAGAAACUACUAUUGGAGAAUGCCAUAUCUGACCUCCCUGUGAUUGGUAAUUAUGAAGAUAGGGAUGAAAUGCCCUAUGGUAGACCACCAAUCACAGAGUUCCAGAAGUUCAUUCGUCUUUCAAGGAUUGAAGCUUUAGCUUCUGGGUCUAUUGUGGAGAGGCCUAUUGCAAAAUAUCCACCUUUUGAUCCCAGGCCAUUUCAAUUAAAUGAGGAUGAUUAUCAGCAAGUUUGUGCAAUACCAAAGAAAAAGGGUGCAAACUUCAGGGAUUUGCCAGGAGUUAGAGUUGGUAAUGAUAAUAUAGUUGAGGGGGAUCCAGAAGUCGAGAGAGUUUACUUGCCAUCGGGGAAACCACUGGUUCCUGAUUAUGCAAUGUCCUUUAUCAAAGGAAAAUCCCUGAACCUUUUGGACGGCUGUGGUGGGAUGAAACAGUUCCCACUGUUGUAACAAGAGCUGAGCUCACAACCAGGUAAUUUUGCACCCGGGGCAAGAUAGAGUACUCUCAAUUCGUGAGAAUGCCAGGCUACAAGGCUUCCCAGCUUACUAUCAACUCCGAGGGUCUAUAAAAGAAAGAUACAUUCAAGUGGGC